AUGAACAUUGCUGAUGCGGCCACGAAGUGGAAAGAUGGACCAAGUUUCGACCCGAAUGGGCCGUGGUACAAUGCACCGGAGUUCGUAUUCAACGCGCGGGAUCGGUGGCCGUCAGAACCCAAGCCGAACAGGGUGGAUGUAGAAGCUGAACUACGUACCGUAUUUCUUUAUCAUGGUAUGAUGCCGCAACCACUGAUGGAUGUUUCUAGAUUCUCAAACUGGAAUCGUUUACUGAGAGCGACGGCCUACGUGUUACGAGCCGUGUGCAAGUUCAAGGGUGGAAAGGGAUCGCAGUCCAGUAUUCUAGUGCAGAAGGAGUUAUGCGAGGCUGAAAACCUAAUUUGGCAACAGGUACAAGUUGAAACCUAUCCAGACGAGUACGCGAUUCUGCGGCGUAACCUAGGGGAUUCGACAAGCUCACCACCCAUCCCGAAGUCCAGCUCACUGUACCGACUAUCAGUAUUCUUAGAUGAAACAGGCAUUAUUCGGAUGAACAGUAGGAUCUGCGAAGCACCUACCGUGGUGUAUGAUGCAAAGUUCCCAAUUAUAUUACCAAGGAAGCACUUCGCUGUUCAUCUUCUAGCGGAAAACUACCAUCGGAAAUUCCUCCACGGAAAUGGGGAGACAGUUUGCAACGAGAUGCGCCAACGGUUCUUUAUACCUGGGCUACGAGUGCUAAUUCGUCAGGUAUCGAAACAGUGUGUUACCUGUCGCGUUAAAAAUGCUGUUCCAGCACCACCUAUGAUGGCAUCCCUACCGGCCGCUCGCGUCACUGGAAUGAUUCAACCAUUUACGCACACUGGCGUAGACUAUUUCGGGCCAAUACAGGUCAAACAAGGUCGAAACCUGGUGAAAAGAUGGGUGGCGUUAUUCACUUGCCUCACGAUACGCGCUGUACAUUUAGAGGUAGUACAUAGUCUCUCUACCCAGUCGUGCGUAAUGGCCAUCAGACGAUUUGUGGCUCGCCGUGGUUCUCCAGAAACCUUCUACAGUGACAACGGAACUAACUUCGUGGGAGCGAGCAACAUUCUUGAGAAACAGAUGCAGGAGAUCCAGGAGAAUUGUGCGAUUACAUUUACCAACAGUAAGACGAGCUGGUGUUUCAAUCCGCCUUCGGCGCCUCACAUGGGCGGCGCUUGGGAGCGCAUGGUGCGCUCAGUAAAAACCGCUAUGUCUGUCAUCGCAGACCAUCCACAGCAUCCUAGUGACGAAGUUUUGGAAACAGUAGUUGCAGAAGCCGAGUCGAUUGUCAACUCUAGGCCAUUGACAUACAUUCCGCUUGAGUCGAUGGAAGAAGAGUCACUGACGCCAAACCACUUCCUGUUGUUCGGUACAAAGGGCGUUGCACAACCGGAAACAUCAACAAAGGUGGAAGGAAGUGCCUUGCGAGACAGCUGGCGUCUCGCACAAUGCUUGGUAAACCACUUCUGGGCCCGCUGGAUUCGAGAGUACCUACCAACUUUAACCAGGCGUACAAAGUGGUUUGAACCUACUAAACCGUUGAAAGCAGGAGACCUAGUCAUCGUUGUGGAGGAGAGUAAACGGAACGGUUGGUUAAGGGGUAAGAUCGUGGACGUUAUUAAGGCACCAGAUGGACAAGUUCGGCGAGCAGUUGUACAGACGAAGAAUGGAGUAAUCAAUAGACCUGCAGUAAAGCUAGCACUCCUGGAUCUUCAGACACCUGGAGACGGUCCGGAACUUCACGGGCAGGGGAAUGUUACGAAACCACAGGGCAGAUUCGUUCAACAGACAGAUGAGUUCAGUUCAGUACCACCCGGUGCUGUCAAUUCGAGCAAACAUAAAUGUCAGUUGCGCAAACGUCAGAACAUACCCUCGUGUGCUGGACUGUCAGAUGGAGCAUAG